GUGGCUCCUUUGCCUUCUCGCGGACCUCCCCGGACCCGCCUCCGGCAGUUGGCCUUUGGUUGGACCCGAUUCGCCAAGGGGCAAAGCCGGGGCCCUGGCGAUCAAGUCCCGGUCUCAGGGUCGAGGUGUUCCCCACACGGACACAGGCUCCAAGAUUGGAGGGCUGAUUUGCCAAGGAACACCCACCCUCCGAAGGUGCUGAGGCUCAGGUGCUGCGCCCCCAGCCAUGCGCUGCCACAGACUGGUUCUGGGUCUGGGAUUCUGCCUGGUGCUGGGCACGGCCCUCUGCGUUCUGUGGGUGUAUGUCGAGAACUGGCUGCCAUUCUCCUAUGUUCCCUAUUAUCUUCCCUGCCCAGAGAUCUUCAACAUGAAGCUGCAGUACAGGGGGCAGAAGCCGUUCCAGCCCGUGGCCCCGUCACAGUACCCUCAGCCCAAGCUGCUGGAGCAAAGGCCCACAGAGCUGCUGACGCUCACGCCCUGGCUCGCACCCAUCGUCUCUGAGGGCACCUUCAACCUGGACCUUCUGCAGCGCAUCUACCAGCCGCUAAACCUGACCACGGGGCUCGCGGUGUUCGCUGUGGGGAGGUACACCCACUUCGUCCAGCACUUCCUGGAGUCGGCCGAGCAGUUCUUCAUGCGCGGCUAUCGAGUGUGCUACUACGUCUUCACCGACGACCCCGAGGCCAUUCCCCCGGUGCCGCUGGGCCCCGGCCGCCUCCUCAGCGUCAUCCCCGUCCAGAAGCACUCCCGCUGGGAGGAGAUGUCCACGCGCCGGAUGGAGACCAUCAGCCAGCACAUCGCCCGGAGGGCGCACCAGGAGGUGGACUACCUCUUCUGCGUCCAUGUGGACAUGGUGUUCCGGAACCCCUGGGGCCCUGAGACCCUGGGCGACCUGGUGGCCGCCAUCCACCCGGGCUACUACGCUGUGCCCCGCCAGCAGUUCCCCUAUGAGCGCAGGCAUGUCUCCACUGCCUUUGUGGCAGACACCGAGGGGGACUUCUAUUAUGGUGGGGCAGUCUUUGGGGGACGAGUGGACAGGGUGUACGAGUUUACCAGGGGCUGCCACAUGGCCAUCUUGGCGGACAAAGCCAACGGCAUAAUGGCGGCCUGGCGGGAGGAGAGCCACCUGAACCGCCGCUUCAUCUCACACAAACCCUCCAAAGUGCUGUCCCCUGAGUACCUCUGGGAUGACAGGAAGCCCCGGCCACCCAGCCUGAAGCUGAUCCGCUUUUCUACCUUGGACAAGAACACCAACUGGCUACGGAGCUGACGGUAGAAUUGGGGCUGCCAUGGAUGGGAACCCAAGCCCUGCAGCCAGCUCGCCCCAGAGGGCACCCAGCUCGCCCCGGCUUGCCAGUGCCUUUCUUCUAAGCCUUA